UCUCUGGCGUUCUGCUGCAGGCGCCGCAGAGUCUACGGACGGAAAGCGUUCAGAGCGAAUUCCGUCGUCGCCGUUCGGCGCCUCACCUGAGGGUCCUCGCACAGGCGGGACAGGAGGUAGACCAGCGGGUCCAGCUGGCGGACAUUCUUGGAUUUCAGCUCCUCGUACUUCCUCAGGAAGUCUUCCGGCGUCUUAGAGAACUCUGCUAGUUUGACCUUGGCGCCGUGGGCGGAGACCGUGGUGGUGACGUAAGGUGCGCGGUGCUUCUGCAGAAGGUCGAUGUAGCCUUCCGCUCCGUCGCCUCCUCGCACGUCCAACAGGCUCAGCAGCUCGUUGACGUCGUGAUGGAUACGAAACUCGCUCAUGCCGCUGCGAGCGGGAAGAAGCGCAGACGGAUGAAAGACAGAACUGCCAUUUUAGCGCCUCGCGGCAGUGUCGUUUCUGAUUCCGAGGUGCUAGGCCAAAUUCAACAAAAUCCUUCCAAAAAUGAUUUUUAAUGGAUUUGGUUGCAUAUUCCGGUGUGUUUUAAAUGUUUUCCUCCUGACAGGUGCUUUUGCUUCUGACAUCAAUCUCAAUAGAAAAUGAAAUUAUUUUCCCAGAACGCACCCUGGAAAAUAUUGUCAACAAAUAGUACUUCAUCAGCGAUACUGACUUUUUUUUUUUUUUAAACUGUAAAUAGUUAUGUAGCAACUAAGUAGCUUGCUUAUUGAAACCCCAAACACAACCAUUUUAACAUUUAUUAAGAACUACAUUUCCCAUGGUGCUUUUCAGAUUCCGCUGCAAUGUGUGCACUGCUGUCGACUUUUUGUACACCCUGUUAAUAACAGGAUUUUAAUUCGAAAAAAACUCAUCUUGAACGGGACGUUGUCAUUUGGGGGUGUUUUUUCUUGAAGUGGACGACUUUUAGCCUUUCCCGUUGGCAACCCUGGUCACACGCGAGUUGGGGUUUUUGGCACUGGAGAUAAUUUCACUCUUCAUCUCGGGGUUGGGCAUCCUUUCUAAAUUCGCCGACACACGGGAGAGUGACUAGUAGGUACGCAAGAGGAAAACCGCGAGUGCCUCUGCUAACCCGCGGUGGACGAUGCUAACACGUUAGCCGCCUUUGCGCUCAUUUCAAUUCGUACGUACCGCAGAGAGUUUCCGGCGUCAAGACGCAAGACCAAAAAAAAAGGCUUGGAAGACCUGUAAAAUGUCACAUCCAGAAGCUGCUCGCUAUCUGGGAGACUUUUCAUGAGCAAAAAGGCGCCAUCGUCUCGCCUUUCUUCUUCGGCGCUUCUUGUAACGGCGCGAGACCGCCUCCAGGUGGAGCCCCAACUCAAGAAAAUAAACUCCAACGACAUAGCCACGUCUUUUAUUUAGCUGACACUAUGAUGUAAUGCAGCGAGCGGUGUAAACUUUACGUCCGAUAUGUUUUUCUAGGUCUACACAAUACACAUCAAUGAAUGGAAUGGAAAACUAGCGAAAUAGAUGCGGUGCAGUGGCGGGCAGGGCGCGCCUUCUUCUCGGCUUUCGACUGAGUCUGAGGGCCCGACGAGACACGACACUGCCUCCAGCGGAGGAUUGGCAAAAUUACAUCUCCCAGCAGAGCCGCUGCUGGCAGCUGCGCGUGACGCCGUGGGUUCCGAGCCGGAAGCCUCGUCUUUGCCAGCGCGAGCGACGUCAAAUGUCGCGGACGAGACUCGCCGCCGACGUCACCGGAGCCAGCGUCAGAUCACGACGACGGCUCGCGGCGGCGGCGGCGGUUCGUCUUCUUCGCGGGUGCGCCGUUUCCGAAGCGUCGUGAGCCAGCGCGACGUCAUGGCCGAGCCGCGGGUGCUCGAAGCGACCGAGCGGACGGACUUCCAGCACGUCCGCGGCUCGGCUCGGCCCCGUCGGCCCGAGGGCGACCCGACCGAAGCGGCGGACGAGACGGGCCCGCGCUGGGUGCGCCUCAACGUGGGCGGGACCUACUUCGUCACCACCAGGCAGACCUUGUGCAGGGAGCCCAAGUCGUUCCUCUUCCGACUGUGCCAGGACCACCCCGACUUGGACUCUGACAAAGACGCCACCGGAGCCUUUCUGAUCGACCGGGAUCCCGCCUACUUCGGCCCCGUCCUCAACUACCUGCGCCACGGAAAGCUCAUUAUGGACAAGAACCUGGCCGAGGAAGGCGUCCUGGAAGAGGCAGAGUUCUACAACAUCGCCUCCCUGGUGCGGCUGGUCAAGGAGCGCAUAAGGGACAACGAGAACCGCACCUCGCAGGGUCCCGUCAAACACGUCUACCGCGUCCUGCAGUGCCAGGAGGAGGAGCUGACGCAGAUGGUCUCCACCAUGUCGGACGGAUGGAAGUUCGAACAGCUGAUCGGCAUCGGCUCCUCGUACAAUUACGGCAACGAGGACCAGGCGGAGUUUCUUUGCGUGGUGUCGCGGGAACUCAACAACGCCGCCAACGGCGUCGUCACCGAGUCCAGCCAGAAGGCCAAGAUCCUGCAGGAGCGAGGCUCGCGCAUGUGAGAGCGACGUCGUGAAUCCGGCCGGCCCCCCGCGCACCUCCUCCGGAUCGGACAGAGGGGCGCCCGGGCAACUCGCCUUCCCGCCCGGAGGGAAAAUAUCCAUCGGCCGAGGCGGAGCGCCGUCGCACGCUUCGUUACAAACCAAUCGAGACCUCCGGCGAACCUCUACGAGGCGGACCUCGGCCCUCGCCGCGUCCGGUCACGUGGCGGGAAAAGGACGGACGCUCGUCCGGCGGCGUCUUCCGCUUCGUAAAAUGUCACCUUUCAGACAGGAACGGACAAACGGACUUCGCGUCGACAAUUUGUCUUCAUCUCGGCAUUAUAGUGAAACGAGCGUCACCGGCCGAUCGACGCGGCAACGUACCGGCGACCGUCGAUGGCGUGUGACGUUGCGUACGAGCGGCGCGUGAAGUGAAAAAAGUUCGCCGUGUGCGUUUCUUAGACAUUUUUAUCCCACGAACACGGCGACAUGCUAUCGGAACGUCCGUUAGCGUCGCCAGAGAUAAAAGAUGUUUGUUUCAGGGCAUUUGUAAGUGUUCAAUGGUCACUCUGUAUCUGUAUGGCCCAUUUCCCGUUGGGCGGAAGCGUAAGCCGCACGCCUCGAUCGAUCGGAUGAAACUUUGAACGUCUCAAUGUUACCAAUGGGACACAUUUUCGCCAUCGGAAAUGAACGGAGAGGGUUUUUUUUUUUUUUCAAAAUGAGCGUGAUUUUACCGUAUGUAUUUAACAAUGUGUCAAACACAAAUGUGUUCUGUUGUGAGAGGCCAUCUGUCCGCGCCAGUGCACGAUGGCUGGAUUUUGGCGGCCGUUUGACGGCCUUGCAUAUAUUGUCUACCAAUGUCUUGUUCUGG